UAGAAUUUUAAGGUUGUGUCAGGCCGUCAGCUUCCUGAGUCACAUCACUCGACUUGAGGCGACAUGGUGUCCCCUUCUGAGGCAAUCGCGCGCCGUGCAAAGCUGGCCUUCGAUGCCGCCUCGCAGCGACUCCCGUCUGGGUCUCGCGGCGAUGCAGUGCGGAACAAUGCGCUGCUCAAGAUCAAGACUCAUCUCGAGGCCAACAAGGCCGAGAUCCAGUCGGCAAACGAAAAGGACAUGGCGCUAGCCAAGGAGCUCGUCGCACAGGGCAAGCUCUCCUCCUCGCUCGUCUCCCGCCUCGAUCUUUUUUCCAAGCCGGGCAAAUGGCAAGGGAUGCUCGACGGCCUCGAGGACGUGGCGCGGCUGCCCAGCCCGCUCGACGAAUGCACCUUUGCAAAGAGGCUCGCCGAGCCCAGCGGCUCGAGCGGCGCCCUGGACCUGUACCGGAUCACCUGCCCCAUCGGUGUGCUGCUCUGCAUCUUCGAGGCGCGCCCAGAGGUCAUUGUCAACAUUGCUGCGCUCGCCAUCAAGUCGGGCAACGCAGCCAUCCUGAAGGGUGGCAAGGAGAGCGUCAACACGGCGGCCGUCAUGGCGCGCGUGCUGGCCGAUGCGCUGGCGUCGACCGAGAUCCCACGAGACUUUAUCCAGACAGUCGAGACGCGCGAGGAUGUGGCCGGGCUGCUGCAGCAGGACAAGUACGUGGACCUCGUCAUCCCGCGGGGCAGCAAUGCGCUCGUGCGGAGCAUCCAGCAGCAGGCCACCAUGGCCGUCAUGGGCCACGCCGAUGGCCUCUGCUGCGCCUACGUGCACGACGAUGCCCCCCUCGAGGGGACCCUGGGAAGCGUGCUCGAGUCCAAGACCGACUACCCGGCAGCGUGCAACUCGCUCGAGACGCUGCUUCUCCAUGAGGUGCACCUCGAAGGCCCCAUGUGGCUCGCCCUCAGUGCAUCGCUGAUUCGUGCUGGCGUGACGCUGCACUGCGACGCGCGGUCCCUCGAUGCCCUCUCGCUCAACCAGGCCCUCGACCGGUCCAAGCUCGUCGCUGCCACGGACGAUGACUUUGACACCGAGUACCUCGACCUGCAUCUGGCUGUCAAGACGGUCACGUCGCUCGACGAGGCCAUUACCCACAUCAACACCCACGGCUCCCACCACACCGACGCCAUCUUUACCAAGGCCCUCGCCGAGCAGACGCAGCAGGAGCAGGAGCACGAGUCGGCUGCAGGGACCUUUGUCCGGUCCGUCUCGUCGGCAAAUGUGUACGUGAAUGCGUCUACACGCUUCGCAGAUGGCUUCCGGUACGGCUUUGGCACAGAGGUCGGCAUCUCGACGGGCAAGACGCAUGCCAGGGGCCCCGUGGGCCUCGAGGGCCUCGUCAUCUACAAGUACGUCAUCCGAGGCCAGGGUAAUGGACCCCAGAGGAGCGCCGACUUCACUGCUUCAGGGCGGCAGUGGAGCCACGCCGAUGUCGAAAAGAGAUAUCCCCAAUUGUAGCAGAGCAACAGGCAGCAGCAGGCAACGAUACGGAAUCCCCAUGUAUAAUGAAGCAUUGAAUCAUUUGAGACAUUGAGGGUG